UACACUGUCUGGUUCAUUUUGGAAUCAACAAACAGUCUGCUUUAAACAUCCAUUGAAUGAAAUAAUGCACAGACCUUUCCUGGUCCUUUAUUAUUGAUUCGUCCUGUUGUAUGCUGUAGCUUUUAAAGAUUAAUUUGCAAACAGAAGAGUUUGGAGAACCUACUACACAUAACAUUGUGUAAACGCUCAAGUGCACACAUGCAGCAUUAAACAACCAGACGAGUUACUGCACGCUGCUUUUGCAGAAAAUAGACUGAAACCAGUUUGUCUAGUCUUAGUUUUGUGACAGGAGACCGCAUUUUCCCAAGAAAGGAAUUCCUUUAUGCAAGCAUUCGGAUUAGAUAGGCCAUCCAGGGGAUAUACUCAUUGGACGCGUUAUUUUCGUGCCUGGAUUCUAGAUAUUAAUUGAACCUACCGCAGAAGAGAAGUAGGUGUCGGGGUUUGAUCCGUAGGCUGGUUGGCAUUGCUGAAAAAGUUGGCUGUGUGACAUGCUUGCAGCUUAAAAGGAAUGCUGAUCUCCUGGGAUAGAUCUGGAAAUGAAGCAGAUGAAGAGAAUCUGUUGCUCGUCUACAGCUAUCUGGCUACUUGCCAUGGCAGAGGUGCUGUUCACAUUAAGAAUUGCAGUAGCUGAAAUUACUGAUGGAAAUGCAGACCUUGGCCUUCUGGAUGGUGUUUUUAGCUACUGGCCUCUGGAUGAUGUCAUGGAUCCACAGAUUCAGGAUAUUAAUGGGAGGAGUAAUUUAACAUUUACUGGCCUUUUACCAGAAGAGGUAACAGGAAUAAAAGGAAAUGCCGUAACGUUGAAGGAAAGCAUUACGCCACUGCAGAUGCAAAGUUCAGAAGGCAGCCUUUUUAUGAACCCAAGUCUUGCAUUUCGGAGUGAGGUCUCUAAAUGUGGAGGAACCAUCACAAAAUUGUCUGGCUGCAUUACGAGUCCUAACUAUCCUCAGCACUACGGCAAUAACCUUGAAUGCAUUUGGGUGUUUAAUUUUUCUAAAACAGUGAAUGUAACAUUCUCUUUUCUGGACUUUAGUACUGAAGUUGAGAGCAAUUGCUCCUAUGACCAGCUUACAUUCUACGAGUCCAGCCAACAAAAACUUUAUGGACCUCUUUGUGGCAUGCGUGUCAAGCCCUUUACUUAUUAUGGACCAAAAAGCACAUUAUAUCUUCGUUUUAAGACUGAUUUUAGUAAUGUGUUUAAAGGAUUUCUUCUGCAGUAUAGUGCUGAUGGAAAAAAUGAUUCUUGUAAGAUUUAUUCUCAGCUGUGGACUGAUUAUGCAUCUGAACCUGCUCCAACAGAACUAGCACUCUCUCUGUGGAUAAAAGACUUAGAGGUUGAUGCCACUGGGGGGUACAUUCUCACCACAGCUGUUAAUCGUACUGAAGGAAUUGGUCUGUUUGUAAAUACAACGCACUUGAUGGUGUCCGUCCACACAGAGCUGAGGAAAUGGGAAGCUUCAACAGAUUUACCAGAUACCUCAAGAUGGCUUCAUGUCACUUUUUCAUGGUCUCCUUUGUCUAACACUGGACUUGUGUUGUUAAUCAAUGGAACAAAGAAAGAUGCAGAUCCCACUGGUACCAUGUUAUCCUUAUCAGCUCAUCAACACAGCUUCAUGGGCACAUUUAAUGUUACAGUGGAUGAACUGGCAAUAUUUACAAAUGCCCUGUCUGAAUGGAAAGUAUCUUAUUAUUAUCUUGUCUCCACAGGAAUGUCUAUGAAUACUGCUUCCUUACUGAAUGAGCUAGAGCCCAUGGGAGUCUUUGAUUCGAUCCAGGAUGUCAAUGCAACACUGAACAAACUCAAAUAUCUUCUGAGCGGUAGUCCUUUGUCCCCUGACUCUAUGAAGAAUACAGUAAAAGUUUUAAAAAUGCUUGUCUCCAAGUUACCUGAUGUUCAGUUUGAACCCAGACAGGCGAAUUCUACAGCUAAGGAAUACUUUACAAUUGUUGAUGUAUUGCUGAAUUCAAGCACUGUGGAUCUCUGGGAGAGUAUUAUAGAGAGAGGAGGUGUGCUCAACAGUUUGAUCAACUCAACUGACCUCUUCUUAUUUUACUUGGUAUCUCAUCUUGAUUCAGAGUCCCGGAAGAAUAUGGUUGCGCUUGGAGACAAUGGAGCAUACACUGCUGUUAACAUCCCUUCACAGCAGGAGAUGGCACAAGGCUUCACCUUCCCACAAUGUGGAAGUGACCACAUCACUAUUGCUGGAGAAUUUAUGAAAGCAAGCAAUGAGCCCCGCUCAUUGAUGGGAAUAAUAUAUGCAAACAUGGACCAAGCCUUGGGACCCAUUCCUCCAUCUUCCACAAAAAUGUCUCAGGGGGACAGCAAAGACUUCUUUCUUGUCAGCAGUGUCAUAUCAGCUUCUGUCUCACCACUGAAGGGGAAUGUAUCUGCUAUUUUAAAUGUCAUCACAUCACCUCAGAAUAUUUCAGAGGGAAACAUCUCACUGCACUGUGCUUUCCUUGAUUUCAGGGAAAAAGAUGCUGUGUGGUCAUCUGAAGGCUGCAUUCUGCUCCAUCACAAUGAAAGCAAUGUGGUAUGCAAAUGUGAUCACCUGACCAACUUUGGAAUCCUAAUGCAGGUUGUGCCAUUUGAGAUCCCUGUGGAAUACUCAAGAGACCUGUUUGCUAUUUCAUUCAUUGGCUGCUUAAUAUCGAUUGCUGCACUGAUUCUCAAUUUGUUAUUUAUUAUGCUAUUUGGGUCUUUCAAGGAUUCCAAGUCACACCUGAAUGGAAACAUGUCAGUUGCUGUGCUGUUUGCUCAGAUAAACCUCUUAGUUGGAGAUAUGCUUGUUCCCAGUGAGAUCCCAUGCCGUGUGGCUGCCAUUGUCUUACACUACCUCUAUUUGUCUGCCUUUUUUUGGAUACUAUGUAAAGGACUUUAUUUGAAGAGAGCCAUGAAGAGACUCUUUUACAAUGACUAUAAUAACGUAGGCUACUACUACUUUAUAGGAUGGGGUGUACCACUCAUAUUCUGUGCUGCAACUGUGCCUGCUGCUUUUCAUGGAUAUGGUACAGAAAACAACUGCUGGUUGUCAAUCACAAUGGGCACCAUCUGGACUUUCGUGGCUCCAGCCCUUGCUGUUAUUUGUAUUAAUUUAUUUAUUUUGGUAAAAGUGUCAAAAGAGAUAUUCACGAGCAGCAUUGUCCAAGUGAGAACUGACCAUAGCUGGUACAGUGUUAAGGCCAGCUUUCGGGUUGUUGCUGUGCUGACACCAGUGCUGGGUAUCACUUGGAUAUUUGGGAUCUUUGCAGUAAAUGAAAGUGUUAUAAUAUUCCAGUAUCUCUUCAGUAUUUCUAAUUCAUUGCAGGGAUUAUUUAUUUUUAUGCUGCACUGUGUUCUUAAUAAGGAUAUGCGGAUGAGAAUUCUUAAAUGCAGAUUUAGGCAUCAAAGCCAGCUGUCCAGUAUGAAGUUCGGAGUGAACAGUUACUGUCAGAGGCAAAACUUAGUGACUGUUGCACCAUUUAGUGUUAACAGGUUUUGUAACCAAGAAGAGUUAUCUGACAGUGGCAACAGCUCACCUUCCAAAUCUGUAGCUUGGAGUGAAGAUUCCUUUCCCCCUGAUCACCAAAGGAAUCCAUCAGUGAAAUGUGACAAGCAGAGGAAGAAAUCAAGCUUAGAAAACUGUGUUUCAAAUGUGGAGUUUGUGGAUGCUGAUUUAUGAUGUUACAUUUUGACCCUUUUAACAUCCUUUUAGAUCUUCUGUCAUAAAAUUUUGUAAAAAUAAAAGUCUUUUUUUA